ACAUCUGACACAUUAUGCGAAUAAGAAGGUAAAACAAAAACAUUGCACUUUUUGUUCAUGGCGAACCUUUUUCUUUUUCCAAAUUUGAAAAUCGUUUAAAAAGAAUUUAAAAUUUUCUGUAAAAUUGCUCAAAUUAUAAAGUUCUUCUUCCAUUGAUUGAAAAGUGAAGACCAGCUAAAAAUGGACUUGACAUCAGGCGAAAGUAGCGAUGACUCUAGCAUGGAGCUUAUACCAUCAAGUACCGAUGAUGUUGCGUCAAACUUUGAUGGUGAUGCUGAUAUUGCGGCUUUUGACACGGAUUUACCGGCCGAACACAAUUAUUUAGGAGAAUUGGAGCGAGUGUCAGGUGUUCAGUAUCUGGAACCAAACAAAACGUAUACCCUACCGAUUAUAGUUCACAAUUCACUUGUUUUCCCAGGCGAAACUUUGCCUAUGAUUUUAUCGCCACAUAUGUUUCUGCCGGCCGAUAACAAUGACGAUGGAGCACUGUUUGGUUUAGUGUUCCGUAAGCUAAGGAAUAACCACAAUUUCAAUUUGUAUGGCGUAACGUGUUUAAUCUACGAAAAAGGCACCGAUGACCGCGAAUAUUUAAACAUCAAAUCAAGGGCUUAUCAACGAUUUGUCAUCAAAAAUAAUGAAGCCAGCCCCGAGUUUGCCAUCCGAAAUCGAACGAGGUACGCUACGGUAACAAUUCUACCCGAAAUUGAACUGUGCCAUCCGGUUUAUGGCCACGAUUCGAAUAGCCUGUCGAAAUUUCGGAAAAGCGAAGAACUCAAAAGUAAAUUAUUGAAAUACGAAAGCAGAUCACUCACAUGGCCGGAUUUCGUUUAUAAAAUGUACGAUGUGUCAGUCGCAUGCGAGAAAAUCAAAAAAUUCCUUGCCACACUGAAAAUCGAUACGGUUCCUAUGGAUUUGGUCGCAAUGUCAUUUUGGUUCAGUCAAAAUGCUAUUCUGAGCAGUGAAUGUCGUCGCAAAGCUUUUCUCACAAAUAACGUUCUCGAGCGUAUUCUGUUGGUUUGUCAGACGCUUCUGGAGGAAAAGUUCAUUUUUUGUAAGCAAUGCCGACAAAAGAUAGCAAAAUUCGAUAGCCUAUUUCCGAUGAGCAAAGAAGGCGUUAGGACAAACUUCUGUAAUUCGUGUAAACCAUUGGAUUUAUUUCUCAUUUGGUUUGAAGUGAACCAAUCAAUGAUGGAAGUAUUUCAGCAAAAAUUUGAAGCCACGAUCAUUUCUUGGUCUGUCCGGAAAUAACAUCUUCUUUGAUAAUGCAAGCAACUUGCAAAUGGACAGUGCAUCAACAAAUGUGGCGGAUUCAAGUGCUGAUGACGAAUGGUGAAUCAACGAUGAUCACACAAUUUCAUAUAUAUACAGAUCAUAUUUUAUUUCGAGUAAAGAUCACAAUUAUAGUGGCUAUUUAUUAAUCAUAUAAUAUAGGACAAGCAAAGCAUGAACUACAAAUUGUGAACCAAUUUAUUUACACAUUUUAUUGAGAUUGAGUGUUUUAUGCCGUUGGUAGAAUAAAGAUGAUACGACUGAUUUUGCGAAAAGGG